UUCAUUGACAAUAUUCAGGACAGACUGCUGCAUGGAGAAGUUGAGGGUGUUAACUAUUUCCUUGUUUGUCCUGGAAUCUUACGAACGUUAAUGAGCUUUUUAAAUACGUUUCGAAAUACACAGUUUGCUGAUAGGUAUCCAAUCGCUUCUUUGAAUGUGCAUUUGCGAAAAAUUUUCUAUUCGUUAAUUUUUCAGGACUGGGAAUUUCCGGAUGGUAGUCCUCCUCCUCCAGAAAUACGUGAUAAAUGGAUUCAGCUAGUUAAGAACCGCGUAGUCAGUGAUCCGGGAUCUUGCAUAGCCGUUCACUGCGUUGCCGGUUUGGGCAGGGCACCUGUCCUCGUCGCAUUAGCUUUAAUGGAAGCGGGGAUGAAGUACGAAGAUGCAGUGGAACUGAUUCGACAACACCGGCGCGGUGCUAUUAACCAAAAACAGCUGACUUACUUGCAGAAGUAUAAAGCGUCAGGUGAACUGAAGAAAUUGAAAUGUGGAAAGCGUGAUAAAGACUUCUGUUUGAUGAUGUAG